GCGCACGCAGAGUGGAGGUGAGGUAUGAUUAGUGUACUUGCCACUUGUGUUUUCUUCGCUUUUGGCUCUUGGUUGUUCCUACGAAAGAGACUGGGGUGUUUUCCUACUAGUUUUCGGUCCUGGUUGGAUUUACUUCCUUUACGGCCGAUCCCUUUUCUGUUUGGUGGUAAUAUGGGGACUCCGAUGAAGUGCUUUCAGUGUGGGGGUGAAGGGCAUUUCGCGCGUGAGUGCCCGAGUGGAAGGAACGCGGAUAAUGGUGGGGGGAACGGUAGUACGGUGACUAGUUUUUCUGCACCAUCUACUCCGAGGUUCUGGACCCCGCGGAGGACGAAUGAGGACACGGAAGAGAAGGAGUUCCUCCGUGAGCUGAUUAAUGAGAAAAGGGAGGAAAAGGCACGUAGGAAAGAUAUGGAGGAGCAGAAAAGAUUUGACGAGCGCCUGAAGAUGGAGGUGGCAAAGUAUUCGGAAGCUACUAAAGCUGAGGUUAUGGCGGCGAUUGGGAGGCAGUUUCUUUGUAAUAGGGACGAGGCAAGAAGGGAAGAACAUCGAGGAGGCCGGUCUCCCCCGCCAAGACGGAGGGAAGACUUUUUACCUCCUGAUGAAAGAGAUAUGGAUUUGGAUGAGUUAGAUGCGGAGAUUCGUCGGCUCGCGGCACUUCGGGAGAGGAAGAGGAAAGGGAAAAAGCAGUGUAGGCCCGGGGGGAAUUUUCGGCAGCCAUCUUUCGCGACGCCGGAUUCAGGUGACCCUUCUGGAAAAGCGGAGUGUUCUAAUCAGGGGGAAGAACGGCCGAGGAAGAAGGUUCCUGCUGGUUUGGGACCUGAGGGUUUGCUGCAGUUUGUUUUGGAACAGAGACGGGAGUUGUCCAGUUUGAAACAAGAUGAGCUCAAGAGAAUCUGCACACGAGAGGGGGUGAGGUAUUGUACCAAAGGUCCGUCCAUUGACCGCAUCGUGGAAGCAAGGACGAAAUGGGCGUAUGAAGGUUUCGUGUUUUCACCGGCUCCCUCUGCCCCGGGAUCCCCUGAGGUGGAUCAAGAUCAUGGAGAACGUGCGCUGUGGACGGCCCCGAUGUGUUUCGCCGAUCGGAUCGAGGCUCGGSCUUCCUUGGGUUUCCAUGACCCUCAUUGAUUCGCCCUUGUCACGGUUUUGGGUUUGCUACGAUGACUCGAAUCUAUCCAUGGCUUCCGUUAGA